GGAACAUGUAUAUAUGGAUUACUUUUCAAAUCGACUACUCGAGUCGAUAGCUGUCUUAUAGUUCUCGGUUUGUUUGUGUAAUUAAACUAAAUUUGUUGUGCGUAUGUAAAUAAUAAAUAAAUAUUACGUUAUCCAAAUUACCUGUGAACUCAAUAUGGCUCAGAUGACCGAGAAGAGGACAACGUCGACCCGAUCUGGUACUGCCGCCAAGGAGAACCACAGCCUGUCGGGACGGCAGAACCAGCAGAACCACCACAAUCAGGGACACCAGCGCAGCGGCAAGGGCAUCGAGAUACUCGACUUCCACGAGUCGUGGCUGGAGGAGGUGGAGCUGUACAAGGACAAGAUGGUCAUGAGCAAGAAGCUGGCCCACCACAAUCACGUGCCCGCCUCAUCGCACCACCUGCAGCCGCACCUGGCCGCCCCGAAUCGAAAUCAGGGCAGGAUCGUCCAGUCCAGCACCCCGCAGCACCGCAGCUCAGCCGGCGGAGGAUCCGCGGCUGGAGCCACAGCAUCCGAUUCCGUCUCGGCUCGCUUCUCGCCGCCUGGUCAAAAGCAAAGAUCACCGCCCUCGCCGCGCAAACGGCUGACGCCGGAGAAGGUGGCCAACCUUGGAGGAGGAGGCGGUGGCUCCAAGGCGGGUGCGCAGCGCAUCAUCAUCCGUGGAUCCCCGGCCAACAGCUUCACACCCAAGGUAGCCACCACGCCCUCAAAUGCUCCCGUCGUGGCCAACAGUGUGCUCCAAUCGGAGCCGUACAAGAAAGUCCAGAUGCUAUUGAAGCGCGCAAGGGAGGAGGCGUUCGCCAAGCACACGGCGGGCAACUCAGCCGGGAAUGGCAACGGACCCAAGCGCUCCCCCCACAGUCCGCCCAUCCAGGCCAAGGUACCGCCGUCGAACAUGUCCUGCCCAAGCACCCAGACGCUAAAGCCGUCGCCGCCCAACAAGAUCGUGGUGAACUCGUUCCACGGCAGCAGCAUGCUGAGCACGCAGCAGCAGGAGGAGAAGAGCAGACUCCUCACCCAAAACGGGCUGACCAAGUCGGCGGCCACCGCUUUGGAAACGAGUCUGUACGCCUCGCUGUACGCCAAUGCGCCGCAGAACAGCCAGCCGCAGUUCCAUAGCCCGCGGAUAUCCGGAGGCGAUCACGUCGCGUCCUAUGUGGGCGUCUCCCUGAACAAGGGAGCCGGACACGAUAACGACCGGAAGCACGAAGACGAUCCGUGCGCAGCCAUCGACGACAUCAACUACUACGACGAUUCGGACUCGGAGGAGGAGUAUGUGGGCACGCCUUUCUUUCUGGAGGAGGACAACACGGAAACGCGCCAGAGCAAGCACACUCGCCUGCUGCCGCAAAAGACCCCAUCGAAGGAAUCUGUGCGCACCACGGACUCGGAGGCGUCUGUCUAUUUCCGUCCGGAGGCCAUACUCUCGCCCAGUCUCUUCCCGCACGUUCCGCCGUACCUGAACUUCACGUCCCACGCGGACAAGGGUCCUCCAAUGCCGGCAGCAUUGCAUCGCGUGCUCAAAUGGAAACUCAGUCCCGUGAUGCCCAAGAUAGUCAAGCGGGUGGUGCUCAAUUCGGGCUUCCGCAUCAUCAAGAACACCACCGACUGGAUGGCCGUGUGGGAGAAGCACAUGAAGAGCCCCGGCUUCAGGACCAUUCGAUCGCACCAGAAGUACAACCACAUACCCGGAUCGUUCCGCAUCGGUAGAAAAGACACCAUGUGGCGCAGCAUCUACAACAAUAUGAAGAAGUUCGGCAAGAAGGAGUUUGGCUUUAUGCAAAAAUCCUACAUUAUGCCAGACGAUCUGGAGAGCCUGCGCCAGGUGUGGCCCAAAAACGCCUCGAAGCUGACGAAGUGGAUUGUUAAGCCGCCGGCGAGUGCCCGAGGAACGGGUAUACGCAUUGUGAACAAGUGGAGCCAAUUUCCCAAAGAUCGUCCCCUGGUGGUUCAGAAAUACAUUGAACGUCCGCUGUUGAUCAACGACAAUAAGUUCGAUAUGCGUCUGUAUGUGGUACUGACCUCGAUCAACCCACUCCGCAUCUAUAUGUACAAGGAUGGACUGGCGCGUUUCGCGUCCGUUAAGUACAGCUCGGAGCUGAGCAAUCUGGACGAGCGCUGCAUGCACCUGACCAACUACAGCAUCAACAAGUUCUCGCAGAAUUACGCGAAGAACGAGGACUUCAAUGCCUGCCAGGGCCACAAGUGGACCCUUCAAUCGCUGUGGUCCUGCCUGGAGAACCGUGGCGUGAACACUAAGCGCCUGUGGGCCACGCUGCGGAAUCUGGUCAUCAAGGGCAUCGUGAGCGGGGAAUCGGGAUUGAAUCGCAUGUACCGCCAGAAUGUGAACUUUCGCUACAAUUGCUUCGAGUUGUUUGGCUUCGAUGUGCUCCUGGAUGAGAAUCUAGUGCCCUGGCUGCUGGAGAUCAAUAUAUCGCCGUCUUUGCAUUCGGAAUUGCCACUGGAUCUGCACGUGAAGGGUCCGCUCAUUCAGGCCGUGCUGAAUACGGCUCUAUAUCAGGUGCCGCCUAAGCUGAACGAACGCCAGCAGGCGGACAUCCUGGAGGAGCUUAAUCUGACCGGUCCGUUGUGCCAUGACAAACGCAUCUUCACCACCUGCCUGACUGCAGAGGAGGUCCGCAAGCACAACCAGUACACCAACCGGAGCAUCGAAUUCCGGGAGGAGUACGUCGAUACCAUACUGGACAAUCUACUGCCGGACGAUGUGCGUUGCCUGAUCGUCGCCGAGGACGAGCUGGCCAGGUGUCAGCCGCUGGAACGGAUCUUCCCCACCUCCGGCACUCAUGUAUAUCUGCGCUAUGUCGAGAAUGCCCGGUACUACAAUCGCCUGCUGGACGCCUGGGAGACGAAGUACGCCAAGAACAGGGAAAUGGGCAUUGCCUUGCUGUCGCGCUAUUGCCGGGACAAAUACCAUUUGCAGGUGUCGGACGCCGCUAUGGAAAAGGAACCAAAUGUUGCACUUACCGAGAUCGAUAUGCUACACGUGCGCAAGGAUGAGGUCUUGGACGGUGCCACCACGCUGGCCAUACUAAAGCCCGUCGUCCAGGAGGGCUGCGAGGUGGCGCCGAUUCCGGAUGCCUGCAUCGAGAUCAAGUCCUGAAAUCGAACCGAACUAUCAGCACUAUCACCAUUGCUUCUUCCAUUGCCAUUGCCAUUUCCAUUCCCGUUUCCGUUCCCAGCUCACAGCUGCGAAAGCAUCCCGUGCAGAUGUGCUCCGGAAUUGUCUCCACUCAGUAAAUUCACUUAACUUCGAUCGUCUUUAUGCUCACUUGGUGGCAAUAGCCUGUUUUGGCAUCCAGCUAUAAAUUGGAUCACACGUCAUUUCAGUAAAGAACAAACACCACGGGGUGUUCAAAAAAUAUGAAAAUAUAUAUUUUAAUUAAAUUUA